AUGCCUUCGUCACCCGAUUAUCUACAUCCCCUUCGUCAAUCAGAAGACGCCGACUUCUCCGGUUCCGACGACGACUUGGAUCUUGAGGCAUUGGACCCGGAUGCACCGCCUCCUCAGCACUCCAGAGGAGUCGGUGGAAGAGGGAGCCCAUCCGGUCGUGGAGAGCGAGAUGAGGAUACAGACGCGUUACUUGAGCACACGGCGGAUGACGGCUUACGACCAUCUCAUGCGAGCUCCCGAAAUAUGACAGACGAUGAUGCGCCGCUGCUGGAUCGGGGCGCAUCCACGCGGUUAUUCAACGAUGAAGGAUUAUCCAAGAAAGCGAAACGACUGAUGUUGCCGAGCUUCAAAGGCAUAGGUCGCUUAUUCCAGGGCUCGUCAAGUCAACAGAAAAAGGACGAGACGACCAAUAAACCGCCAAGAGAAGUCCUUGUUGGCCAAUACCAAACUGCCAAAUACCCUCCCAAUGUGUUCUCAUUCUUCUUCAACAUCUACUUCCUGCUCGUCGCCCUGUCGCAGAUCAUUCCGGUCUUACGGAUCGGUUACCUUUCUUCUUAUAUUGCUCCUUUGGCCUUUGUGGUCUCCAUUUCACUGGGCAAGGAGGCGCUCGAUGACAUUACUCGACGUCGACGCGAUGCUGAAGCAAACUCUGAAGAGUUUUCCGUGGUGUCUCUGGAUCGGUCGAAAGAGGUAGAAAUCAUCAAAAAGUCGCGGGAUCUCAAGGUUGGUGACGUUUUGAAAGUACGCAAGAAUCAGCGUCUGCCGGCAGACGUCGUGAUUCUGAAGAGCGUCACCAAUGAAAUGGCGUCCUCGCGCAAAAACUCUCUUGAUGAGCCCAGGGCUGGUCCAUCCGCCGACCUCCUUGAUGAAACACCUCAAACAAAUGCACCCGAGGCCUCCUCUAGCCCUGCUGACGUUUCAUCCGCCGGGGACACUUUCAUUCGAACCGAUCAGCUUGAUGGUGAGACUGAUUGGAAGCUUCGUUUACCAUCUGUCUUGUCCCAGAUUCUCCCUCUGAGUGAGUUUACGCGACUCAAGAUCACAGCCAGCCCUCCCGAUCCUCGAGUCAACGAAUUUGUGGGCACGAUAGAACUUAGCCCGCCUACCGGAUUUUACGAUGCACACGUCGACAAGACAUCGCAAGGACAAAAUGCGACCCAGGCUGAUAGUGACCAGUCAGCCAACUCGGCACCACUGAGCAUUGACAAUACCGCUUGGGCCAACACAGUUCUUGCCUCAAAUACAAUCACCUACGCUGCUAUUAUCUACACCGGCUCUCAAACUCGGGCCGCCCUGUCAACUUCCCCCUCAAGGUCCAAAGUUGGACUGCUUGAGUACGAGAUAAAUAAUCUCACUAAGAUCUUGUGUGCGCUAACUCUGACCCUCUCUAUUGUUCUUGUGGCACUGGAGGGGUUUGAGCCUACAAAUGACAAGGUCUGGUAUGUUGCGAUCAUGAUCUACCUAAUUCUCUUUUCAACCAUCAUCCCGAUGAGUCUUCGUGUCAAUUUGGACAUGGCCAAGUCCGUCUAUGGCCGAUUCAUCGAACGCGACAAGGAUAUUCCAGACACGGUCGUUCGCACAAGUACAAUCCCGGAGGAUUUGGGGAGAAUUGAAUAUUUGCUCUCCGAUAAGACCGGGACAUUGACUCAGAAUGAAAUGGAACUGAAGAAAAUCCACGUUGGCACUGUGCUUUGCCGGCAGCGCCUGACUACCCCAUCAACUGCUUUCGGGACUCAAGCCGGCCAAGGCGCUGCCCCGCGCACGCGAAGGGAGAUCGGUUCUCGCGUUCGAGACAUUAUUCUGGCCCUCGCCGUUUGCCAUAACGUCACGCCAACCACCGAGGAAGAGGAUGGCCAAAUAGUGACUACUUACCAGGCAUCCUCUCCGGAUGAAAUUGCCAUCGUUCGUUAUACAGAAGAGGUUGGCCUCAAGUUGGCCUAUCGUGAUCGGGAAAGCGUGGUACUCGAAUCCACCGACUCGAAGCGAGUUGUCGUUCGCGUUCGCAUCCUCGAUAUCUUCCCUUUCACAUCCGAUAGCAAGCGGAUGGGCAUCAUUGUCCAAUUUGAGCAAGGCGAGAACGGCCUUGACUCGGGGAGCAGCGACCAGUCUGAAAUCUGGUUUUACCAGAAAGGAGCUGACACGGUCAUGUCCUCGAUUGUUGCGGCGAAUGAUUGGCUUGAUGAGGAAACCGCCAACAUGGCACGCGAGGGUCUUCGCACACUUGUUGUCGGGCGUAAGCGACUCUCUUUAGGGCAGUAUCAGGAGUUCUCCUCCAAGUACAAGCAAGCCGCUUUGUCUCUUCAAGGUCGCGACGCUGGUAUGGCGAAAGUAGUCGGCGAAUACCUUGAACGAGACUUGGAAUUGCUGGGUGUUACUGGCGUGGAGGAUCGACUACAGCGCGACGUCAAGUCCUCUCUGGAGUUGAUGCGUAAUGCCGGUAUCAAGAUUUGGAUGCUGACUGGUGACAAAGUGGAAACUGCACGUUGUGUUGCAAUCUCCGCUAAGCUGGUGUCGCGUGGUCAAUACAUUCACACCGUCUCGAAAGUGACGGACAAAUCUAUCGCGCAAGAGACCCUCGACUUCUUACGAAAUAAGACUGAUUGCUGUUUGUUAAUUGAUGGUGAAUCGUUGACGUUGAUGUUGGGUCAGUUCCGAACCGCAUUCAUCUCUGUUGCCGUGCUAUUGCCUGCAGUUAUCGCAUGCCGAUGCUCUCCGACCCAGAAAGCCGAAGUUGCCAACUUGAUCCGCCAACAUACCAAGAAGCGUGUCUGUUGCAUUGGCGAUGGCGGUAAUGAUGUUUCGAUGAUUCAAGCCGCGGAUGUUGGUAUUGGCAUUGUGGGAAAAGAGGGUCGCCAGGCUUCUCUCGCCGCCGACUUCAGUAUUACCCAAUUCCACCAUCUGACCAAGUUGUUAGUGUGGCAUGGUCGAAACUCAUACAAGAGAUCGGCCAAACUCGCACAGUUCAUCAUGCACCGUGGUCUGAUUAUCAGUAUUUGCCAGACCAUGUACAGCAUUGCAAGUCACUUCGACCCAAAGGGUCUGUUCAUCAAUUGGCUCAUGAUCGGCUAUGCCACGAUCUACACCAAUGCGCCGGUCUUUUCCCUCGUGUUCGACAAGGAUGUCGAUGAGCGCCUGGCGAAUCUCUACCCCGAGCUCUAUAAGGAGUUGAAGACCGGGAAGAGUCUGAGCUAUCAAUCCUUCUUUGGUUGGGUCCUGAUCUCGGUUUACCAAGGCGCGGUCAUCCAGGGUCUAUCUCAGAUUCUCCUGGAUACCAUCACCGGGCCGCGCUUGAUCAGCGUAUCUUUCACCGCUCUGAUUCUCAACGAGUUGGGCAUGGUGGCCAUUUCCAUCACUACCUGGCAUCCCGUCAUGAUCUUCUGCCUGCUGGGGACCUUGCUCGUGUAUGCUGGCAGUGUUCCUUUCCUUGGGGACUACUUCGACCUCCGGUACGUCAUCACGGUGGACUGGGUCUGGCGUGUUGCUGCUGUCUUGGCGGCUUCUUUGAUUCCAGUUGGAGCUGGAAAGCUCAUCAAGCAGUCAUGGAAACCUCCAAGCUACCGCAAGGUGCGCGGAUGA